UUAAUUUAUCUGCAAAAGUUAAUGGAUAUUAUAUCUAUUAUGUUUAUAAAAUUUUAAUUAACUUUAAAGAUCUAUUGUUCGGUAAAAAUGAAUCAACACUUUAUUAGGAAAGAUAAUUGUUUCAACGCAACAGGAAACAAUGUUUCAAAAAGAAGGUAAUUUCAUAAGAAAAAAAUAUCCACCAAAAAGGACGUGAGAAAAGUGUGACGUUUUGAAACCAUUCGCGGGUAAUUUUGGAGAUUAAAUUUAUUUCUACAAGAUGUCGACACUUUCUGAUGUCAAGGUGAAUUCUCAUGAAUAUCACGUGACAAAACGAGAACGGCAUUGUGCGGUAUUUAGUACACUUACAAAGGUCAAUAAUACCGGGCAUUAUCGCCAAAAUACAUCAUUGAAGAUGAUAAGGUUUUUUACACCACUCUACAAAUAUCAAUUAAAUACAAUGUCAACAAAUAAUUCAUCAAUAUUUGAAAUAAAAUGGAAUUUCAAAAUUUUCAAAUGCCAGUCAGGUGUCAGAAUAUUCUAGAACCAAACCGAGGUUGAAUUCAAAUACGGACCCAAAGGUGAACGAAUCGAAGCUGUCAUUGGAUCUCAACAGUACACUAGCCCUUAGUACUCUUUUAAUUAAUAUUAUUUAUCUUUUUUUUUUAUUUUGAGUCAAGUGGUUCAUACAAUUUUAUUAUAAUAAAAUGGAAGGAAACGGCGAACAUAGUUCGUGGUCAGAUUUAUUAAAUUCUGUAUCUACCGAGAAUGAAAGUAAUACUGAUUCGGCAAAUAGUACUAAUAAUCAGCCAGAAAUGCCUUCAGAUGAUCAGCAAAUCAUUGAAAGAUCUGUCUCUUCUCGUAGUCUAAUUAUGCAAGGUUUUCUUCAACAAGUAUGCACAAUGUUCGAAGACGAUCCUGUUAAAAGGAAUAAACUGUAUUUUGAUAUCUGUGAUAAACUACAUGCAAUGAAACUAAUUGAUAAGUCGUACGAUAUGGAUGAGUUCGAAAAUUUAAGAGGACAGUGCCAGAGAAUACUUUACAACCUUGUGUCAGGAAGCAGAAAAGCUACAGGUUGUGGGACAAUAGUGUCAAAUCCAAAGACUUUAGCCAAUCAGUCACGAUACAGAGAUGAAUUUGAGGAACUCGAUUAUUUGGCUUCUGGAGGUUUCGGUCAUGUAUUUAAAGCUCGACAUCGUUUGGAUAAAAAUGAAUAUGCCAUUAAAAAAAUCUGUGUAUCAUCAGGGAAAAUAGAUGAAAUUUUGAAACAUUUAGAAGAAGUUGAAAAAUUAGCCAAACUAAAUCAUCCAAAUAUUGUAUCGUAUAAAGGUGCAUGGAUUGAAGAAGGUCCUCCGGUAACUAGGGUACCUUGUCUUUUACAAAUGGGUAGAUCAAACAGUAGAAGCUCUAACAAAACAAGGUCGAUUAAAAAACAAUUAGAAACUUCAAAUUCAGAUAGAAAUAGUUUAAAAUCUAUUCAAGCUCGUUCAAAAGAAUGUGAACAGAAAUCAUCAUUUUUCAGUAUUUUAGAAACAAAUAAUAAGAUGGGUACGUAUUUAUCGGAUGAAAAAGAAAAACACAGCCAACAGAACAGUGGAACGGGUAUUUUAAGUAGUCAUGACAUUGUAAGUGAAAGAUUUCAACAACUCAAUUCGACCACUACUAUUAUAGGCAGAAGAAUCGAGGAACAAAUAAGUUCUAGUGUUGUAGCAGAAGUCAGCUCAGAUAUAGUGUCAUUUAGAAACGAAGAAAACGGAUUGAAUGAAGGCCAAAAUAAUACCUCUACAAGUAGUGACAUUGAAGAAAUGGAUUCUAGUGAUGAGGCUGGAGAAAGUGAAUGGAAUCAAGAAUCUUCUAGUCGUCAAGUUUGUGAAUAUAACUUAUCAACGAAUCAGGCCACUUUGUACAUUCAAAUGGCUCUUUGCGAACAAACAUUACGUCAGUGGUUGGAUGAGAGGCAGGAAAGUACGUCAAUAUCAACGAUAACUGCGAUUCUAAUGCAAAUCCUUAACGGAUUAGAUUACAUCCAUUCAAAUAGUAUCGUUCAUCACGACAUUAAACCAAGUAAUAUAUUCAUUUCUCCAUCUCGGCAACUUCAUGUUCAACUAGGAGAUUUUGGCUUGGCUUGUCUGCCUAAACACAAAAACUGCCAUCCAAUCGUAGGUACUCACCUGUAUGCGGCACCUGAACAAUUGAAAGGAUUAUGUGAUCCAAAGAGUGAUGUAUAUAGUAUGGGUAUUGUUUUACUGGAACUUCUAGUACCUACACGAACACAACAUGAACGUAUUACUACCAUUGAUCUCUUAUUAAAAGCUGGAAAAAUUCCAGAUGCGCUUUAUGUUCAUUGUCCGAAGUGGAUCGAGAUGAUUAAGGCACUCGUUGAUAAAGAUCCUGCCCGUCGACCAUCGACAAAAGAACUGUUACAGAAUCUCAGUGAAGAUAAAGACAUGAUCAUAGCUAAAUUGAAGAAUGAUAAUAAAAAAAAAGAUGAAAUAAUUUCACUUAUUCUUGACUCCUCGGUUUUCGGUGAAACGCAUUCAUUAAGUAAUUUUUGGAAAUUUGGAUGGUCAUUAAGAACCUUUUCAGGAGUACUAUGCAAAAAUCCAUCAAAAUCAGAAUUUAUAUUAGACUUAGAUGCCAAUAUGUUCUGAAAAAAAAUAAUUGAAAAAAAUAAGGAAACGAAUAUUAGUGUUUAAUCAUUCAAAUUGAACUAACUUGGCAUGUGGCGAAGUAAUUAUGAUCACUAAGAGAAUGACUGCAUAUAUCAAUAGAUAUAUUACGAUUCAAAAUAAUAACAUUUUCCAAGUCAAUAAAUUUUGGAGCAUCAUUUUGAUCAAUAGCAAUAUUAUCAGAUGAUAAAUCUGUUAAAUAAAAUGAAAAAUCGUGGUUGUGGAAUGUAAACAUGUAAGCAGCUUCUAAUAAAUUUAUUGCUAUCCUGGCUCUACGAUACCACGGCUUAUUAUAAUAUGUUGUUAAAGGCGGACCAACAUAUUCUUCUAUGACUACUCUUCCACAAGCUCCAUAGUAUUUGGCAACGGGCCAUCCUUCAUCUGCUUGCAGAAUCUAAUCAUUCAAAUUUUUACUUUAAAUAUUUGAAGAAUUUUACGAAAAUGCAUUCAAAAUACCUGUAGAAUCAGUGGCUCUGGAUUGAUUUUAAUCAAAGUCCAUAAAUGAAUUUCAUUCAUUUUCAAUUGACUUAUAACUUGUUCUAAAUGUGAAGUAGUUGGACAUAAAACUAAUCCACUUUCAUCAUCUUCAAAAAACUUGGGAGAAACAGCAGUUUCAAUUUUACCCAGAAAAUCAAUAUUAUAAUUAGAGUUUACUUCAUUGUUAUAAUUUUGAUCUUUUCUACAGAAUUUUUUGAAUUCAAUACUCUGACAAAGCAUAUCAUCAAAAGCAUCAAGUUCAUAAGAAUGUGCUAACUUUUUGAUAGCUACUCUAGUUCCGUUGAUGGUACCAUAAAAAACAUUUUUUCUGUUAAAUAAAUGUGAUAAAAGAGAAUGAAAAUCAAAAGGAUGUAUCAUCAAAUUUUCAUUGAAAAUGUGAUCACAAGCCGUCGUUCCGUAACAAAUAGGACAUGUUGAAAGCUCUACUAGAUCCACCACUUGUGGAGAUAAAAAAUUGAAUGUUCUAUUUGUGAUAAUUGAUAGUGUUACAAAUAAAAUAAAAUAUAACAAA